AUGGAGUUCGAUAAGUAUGAAAAAGCCUUGGAGAAGUGGGAGGCUAUUAAAGCGCUUGUGGACAGCGGGAAGAUGAUGGAGGAGGAAUUUGUUUUCAACACUCUGGCAGAGGACGGCUCCAAUACCCAUUCUUCGAUGGUAGUUAAUGAUGAAACGAGAAAUGGCGAUGGGAUUUGCCAUGAAGUAACUGACUUCUCGACUCGCAAGUUGCAGAACUGA